AUGUUUGACAGAGUGUGGGUGACGUUUACCCUGUACAACUUGUUAUCCUUGGUGUUUGGUGUACUAGUGACCGGCGUGGAUAUCUGUGCCUUCCUUCUCCUCUUUAUAGGACUAUCAAUUCUCAUACAAAGCAUAGCUGGAUUGAGCAGUGGGUGCUGUGAUGGAUAUGGAAGACGAUGUUUAGUUGUUUAUGGAACCAUCCUACUCCUAGCUAUACUUGGAGAAAUAGUUGGAGUCAGUCUUAGCUUGCUUCUCUUCAAACAGGAAGUUGGAGAUCUUUCAAAAUCAGUUUUAGUGAGUUCUUUAGAGACUGAUUAUUUAAAUAAAGAUAGUGGAGUAUCUAUAGUAUGGGAUGGUAUGAUGGAGAAGCUGGGUUGCUGCGGGGCGAACAACUACACGGACUUCAACAACGUUUACACCACCUUGGGAGGGCAGCAGAUACCUAAGUCUUGUUGUCGUCUGUAUGAAGUGGAAAAUUUCCUUGUACCAAUCGAUGAGAGCUGUACAACUAAUCCAACCGAGUACAACGCCUACCUUGGCGGAUGUUUAGAUAUGUUGGCGCCCAGCGCAAUUCCCGCGUUGGCAAUUACAACGGGAAUAGUUGUCGUCUUCCAACUAGCUGGCGUUAUUCUAUCUUUCUGUUUAGCAAAUAAAGUAGUCUAUAUAAGAACGGAGAGCGUAUAUGAAUUAACUCACCUGUAGAAAAAUUUACAUUUUUUACAUUGACCCUUCAUAAAUGAGCUUUAAAUGCAACGACGGCUUUCAGAAUAAAAAAAUUGUAAGAAAAGAAAAAAAUGUAUCAGACACGGUUUUUUACUGCCCUAUAUCUAAGGAUAAAUAUAUAAGCCAUAAGUUAUUAGCUUUUAAGCCUUACCUGAAUCCCUUUUAUUUGCAGACUAUUGUUUUUAUACAAAUAUAAUGCAUUGGAAAUUAUUUUAAGUGUAAAAAAUUAUCAGUUACGAUGUUUUAGCUUUGUGGCAGUUUUGUUAAGCUUAGAAAAUUUUUGCUAUUCCGAGUGUAGAGUACGAACAAAUCGUUCUGGGGAAAAGAACAAAAAAUCAUUGUGAAGACGACAUGUCCGGGAACAGAUAUUGAACUAUUUCAGGACGGAUUCGAAAAUUUAUAGCAAUACUCUCUCUGAAGUUGUUUGUAGUUUUUGUAUAGAAUAGUCAUAAAAAGUUUUUGUUCUUUUCUCAGGGUCCUGUGUCGGUUUAUCCUUACUCGCAGCUUGAAAUCGUAAUUUUUCUCGAAGUACUCCCAAGUCUCAAAACGGUGAGAAAAAUCAUAAAUUUAGAAAUGUAUCUUUAAAUAUGCAAAAGAAAGAUCUCAUGUUUGAUGAGAUCAAAGAAUCAACAAAUCAUUCAAAUAUUAUAAAUAUUUUUAUCAAAACCAUUUUCUAUAGUUGAACUUAUUUAAAAAUCAAAUAUAUUAUGUUUAUAAAAUUGUUUUGAUUAAAACAUAAUUGUAUUGAAACAAAUAAACGUGCAAAUAUCA